CGAGAGCCAAUCAGUCCCAAAAUAUCCCACAGCCAAUGAUUAGGUUGCAAUGUGCAGAGAGCAGGGAGAGCCGGUUAGGGUUACACACAGUGCUCGGGGAUUCUGGCUGCCAGUUACACGCUCGGGGUCCUUGUUACGUUUUAACAGGGUUCUCUCGAUCCUGCGGAGCGAAAAUGGUCAUCAAGGUCUUUGUCGCCACCGUGGCGGGAUCCACUGCGAUCAAAAAGAAACAGCAGGAUGUGGUCGGUUUUUUGGAGGCAAACAGGAUUGACUUUGAACAGAAAGAUAUUGCAUGCAAUGAUGACAACAGGAAGUGGAUGAGAGACAAUGUGCCUGGUGAAAAAAAGCCAAAAAACGGAAUUCCUCUCCCUCCCCAGAUCUUCAAUGAGGAGCAGUACUGUGGGGACUUUGAGUCUUUCUUUGAUGCCAAAGAAGGGAAUGAAAUCUUCAUAUUUCUGGGCCUGACUGCACCUAAACCUGCAAAGAGUGAAACCUCUGCUGUAGAGCCAGCUGAAAAUCAAGAAGUGAUAACUAACACAGAAGACGAGAACCCGGCGGGCGCAGAAGAAGAAACAGCAGCAGCAGCAGAAGAAGAGACACUGCAGAUUACUGUGGGAGGUUCCAGCAACAGAGGCACAGCUGUCAAUCAACGCAGUAGGCAGGACUAUGCAUGA